AUGGAAUGGGGCGAUGAAAGUCUCUAUCGAUUUCUCAAUAAAGCACUUCGUAACAAAGAUCGAUCAGCAUUGAAACCGUGGGUCGGUUAUCUUAAAUUAUUGCACACUACAUUGAAAAAAUUGCCGAGCGUUUCAAAGAACUUAUGGCGUGGUCCCGAUAGCGAUGUAGAUUCAUGUGCUUCUAAUGUUAAAGUUGUCAAAGAUUUUCUUGGAUCUGUACCAACAUUGUUCAUGGUCGAAGCAAACAACGGAAAAGAGAUAUCGGCAUAUAGCAAUUUUCCAGAUGAGGAUGACGUUAUUCUUAUUUCGGGCAUACGAAUUAGAGUAGUAGAUGACUCGCUAAAUCAUGAAACAUUCAAUUUGAUACAUUUGAUGGAAUUGACUGAUGAAGAUGAUUGCGAAGUGUUACUAGCCUUGGAAAAAAAACAUGGAAAAGGUGUCUCUCAUUAUGCCAAUGGAAAUAAAUAUACAGGAGAUUGGAUUGACGAUAGUCGAACUGGCCAUGGCGCUUUUACAUGGGCCAGUGGUGAUCGUUACGAGAUGAUGUGUUCAUAUAUUUGUGUUCCAUUUUAUUGUGAAAAUCAAUGUAUGCGCAUGGGUCGCCCAUAA